GCUUCAGCAAAUGCACUGAUUGGUGAAAAAUAUGAAAACUUCGAAACAAACUGAAGUGAUUGCUGAAAAUCUGAAACAAACUGAAAACAAAAGAAGUUUUAAAAAGAGUAUUUAAAAAGUCCUGCUUUUUAUAAUAUUAUUAUCAAAAUUAAGAUUGGCAUCACGAAUUUCGUAUCUAUCAGGGAGGUGUAAACAAAAUCAUGUUAAAGCCGCAAAUUAAUUUUGAAAUUUUGCUUUUGUUAUUAAAAGCUACAUCAAAACAGCAAGUAGUGGAAAUUUGUCAGAAUGCCUUUAAAUAUCGUGAGAAAGAAAUACCACCAAAUCAUUUACUUAAACCUUUAGCAGAGGCUUUUAGUAUUGAAACUGAUGAAGCUUCAAAACUCUUCAUAGCUUUAAGCAGCUUUAUCAAAUUUGUUCUUUUUCAUGGUUAUUCUUCACCUGAAAACAUAUCUUCUUUGUUUCCUGAUGACUUUCAUAAACACUUACGUGAUUUGCUUUCCAAAAUAAUUUCUGAAAAGUUUUCUACAUGGAGGACUUCCGCUGUGACAGAAUCAGUUUCUGUGCCAAGAUUAGCAGAAUUUGACUGGAGAGUUGACCUGAAAAUGUCAUCUGGGAAAAUUGCUAGGAUGAGUGAACCCACAUGCAUUCUACAAUUAAAGAUACAGGACACAGGACUCCCAGAAAACCAUGCAGAUCGAUUCCAAACUCUUAAUGUGGAACUAAAUAAAGAGAAACUUGAUACUAUGUUACACGGUUUAGGGCGCAUACGGGAUCAGUUAUCAGCAGUUGCCAAAAAAUGAAUUGGUUUUUUAAUUUACAUUAUUAAUUCGCUUAACUCAUACGAAAUCUUUAGUUGUUAUAAAGGGAUACCUUUCUGUAUUUGAUAUAAGUUUAUUUAAAAAUCAGGAUUUAUCUUACAUUUAUUAGCAUUUCAAAAUUUUAUCAAGUUAAAUAUUAAUAAUUUGUUUAGAAACUGCUUCUCCAUUAUUAGAUUACUAAUUCAUGGCAAAGAAUAUUUAAAUAAUGUUUAAUAAUUAAAGUAUAUCAUUUAUUGAUAAAAAUGAAAAAUUAAUUAUUUCUUUCUUCUUAAAACACCAAUUAUUGGGAGCAGAUCUAAUUCGUAUUUUAAAUUCUUAAAAAAAAUUUCAUGCAGAUAAUUGCUUUUGCAGUAAACAAUUGUUGAGAAACAAACUAUUAUAAUUUGUAUUAAAGAUAAAUAUGUGAUAUAGAUGGUUAUAGUUUUUUCCCUUAUCUUGUGCAUAUUUAAUGUUCUUCGGUUAUCAGGAUUUUUAAUUAAUCCUGUUAUUCAAGAAUUUUUCAUAUUGCAAAUUUAUUUUAUACUUGUUUUCCAUUAACUAUUUAUGUAAAAUUUUUGAUACAUAUGGUAGAAUAUUAAAAACUUGUAAUGUUUA